AUGGCAUCGAUGAAGUUUGAUCUACCGCUGCUGGAUUACAAGACGAGAUUUGCACUAUGGCAAGUCAAGAUGCGAGCAAUUUUGGCACAAUCUUCGGAUCUUGAUGAGGCGCUGGACGGUUUCGGAGGAAAAGGGCAGAAGUCAUGGACCGCUGAAGAGAAGCGAAAGGAUCGUAAGGCUUUGCCUCUGAUUCAACUUCAUCUACAUAAUGAUAUUUUGCAAGAAGUGCUGCAGGAGAAAACUGUCGUAGAACUUUGGCUCAAGCUGGAAUCGAUCUGCAUGUCCAAGGAUCUAACCAGUAAGAUGCACGUGAAGAUGAAGUUGUUCACGCACAAGCUGCAAGAAGGUGGUUCGGUGAUGAACCACUUAUCAAUCUUUAAGGAGAUUGUUGCCGAUCUAGUGUCGAUGGAGAUGAGGGAGAAGAUGAAAGGUAUGGUUCAGUCUGAUGUGUCGUCCUCCAAGGGCGAAGUGUUGCAGGUUAGAGGUUGGCCCGAGCAGAAAACCUACAACAACAACAAUAAUCGAGAUAAGAGCAAGAACGGUAAAGGCCGUUCGAAGUCCAGAGGCAGGGAUAAGUUCUGCAGAGAUUGGUUCAGUUCUUACAAGCCUAUGCAGAGUGGAGAUGUGGUGCGUAUGGGAGAUAACAACCCACGUGAGAUCGUGGGCAUUGGCUCCGUUCAGAUCAAGAUGCAUGAUGGCAUGAUACGCACACUGAAAGAUGUGAGACACAUACCAGGGAUGGCUAGAAAUCUCAUCUCCCUCAGCACACUUGAUGCCGAGGGGUACAGACACUCUGGAUCAGGUGGACAUAUGCGUCUUGAGCAUAUGAGUGAACUUGGUAUGGCAGAAUUGAUCAAGAGAGACCUGCUGGAUGGCUGCACUGGGGGUAAGAUGAAGUUCUGUGAGCACUGUGUUUUUGGUAAGCACAAGAAGAUAAAAUUCAAUACAUCUGUUCAUAUCACAAAAGGUACACUUAAUUAUGUACAUGCUGAUUUGUGGGGGCCGUCUCGUAAGCCCUCUUAUGGUGGUGCUCGUUACAUGCUUACCAUUAUUGAUGAUUACUCUAGAAAAGUGUGGCCUUACUUUCGGAAAAAUAAAGAUGAUACUUUUGCUUCUUUUAAAGAGUGGAAAGUUAUGAUAGAAAGACAAACUGAAAAGAAGGUUGGGAACAUUCAUGAGCCGGCUACGUACACUGAAGCUAUUGUUUUAGGUGACCGCAAGAAGUGGAUUUCCGCUAUGCAAGAAGAGAUGCAGUCACUUGAGAAAAAUGGCACAUGGAAUGUUGUGCGCUUGCCUAAACACAAGAAGGCCGUUCGUUGCAAAUGGAUCUUCAAAAGAAAGGAGGGUUUGUCUUCUAGUGAGCCUCCAAGAUUUAAGGCAAGUUGUAAAGCAUAG